AUGCACAAACAAGGAAUACUUGAAAAUGGAGAGAAGAGAACAGAAAAUGGAGUUUUCAACAAUUUCAUGGUUGAAAGACAAAUACCAUUAGCGAUUAGCUCUUCAAUGCUACCCAUAUAUAAGCGUACUGAAUUCAUGGUCUUAUCAGCGGGUGUUGUGGUCUAUUGGAUUCUGAUGGUAUUCAUUGGAGCGAUAUUAAUAAUGUGCUGUAUAUGUACGAAAUUCCGAGCAAACGAAGAUGAUGAGGAUGAAAUAACUCAAAAAAAAAAAGGGAAAAAAUAG